CAGGGCCAAAAAAUCUCUUUUUCAGUGUACCAAAAUGCACACACCUUGCAAAAAAAAAAAAAAAAGAGACGGUGAAGUAAGAAAGAAUAAAUAUCAAACUACUAUAUAAUGAGUAAGUGAAAAGCUUUACAUGUCUGAUGUGCUCUGCCUCCUGCCUCUGUACUGUAUAUUCAGUGAGCAGAUCUAAUUUGCUGUUUCCUCCAGUGGGCGGAGUAGCAGGGCUCUGCCUGGCCGCACAGCGCUGCUCUCAGCUCCGCUCCGCGUACUUGCCUUCACCCCCUCCACUCAUGCGGACCCGGCCGAAGCUCAUGGACUGAGCCGGUGGUCUGCUGCUGGAGGACUGUAUCGGGCUUUGUAUUGCGGACUGGGUGGAUCCGGUGAGUGGACCAUGGCUGCCAAAGAGGACCUCUACAGUAAAAUCCUGCCUCGGAGACUCCGGCAGAACCGUCCGGGCUCAGUGAAAUGUGGCUCCAACCUGGACGUGCUGUUAUCCAUGGGCUUCCCCAGACCAAGGGCACUGAAAGCUCUGGUAUCGACAGGAGGUCGGAGUGUGCAGGCAGCAUGUGACUGGCUCUUCUCCCAUGUGGACGACCCAUUCCUGGACGACCCUCUGCCCAGAGAGUUCGUCCUCUACCUGCGACCCAGCGGACCACUUCAGAACCAGCUCUCCCACUUCUGGCAGCAGAGCCGGGUCACAUGUGGCAAAAACAAAGCCCACAACAUUUUCCCACACAUCACCCUCUGCCAGUUCUUCAUGUGUGCAGAUCACAAAGUGGAGGCUCUCUGCGAGGCCCUGCAGGCGUCCGUCCAGCAGUGGCGGGGUCGAUUUCCCAGCCCGUUGCCUCUGGAGCUCUACACAUCCUCCAACUUCAUUGGCCUGUUUGUGGAGGAGCAGGUGGCCGACAUACUCAAGCAGUUUGCAGCCGACUUCACCGCAGAGGCCGCCAGGAAGGCAGAGGUCCAUGUGGAGCCUCAUAAGAAGCAGCUCCAUGUAACUCUGGCCUACAACUUCCCCACCAAUCAUCUGCCGUCACUGGAGAAACUGGCCAAGGGCAUCGAGGUGAAGCUGGGCUGUGAUUGGCUGGCGGUCCUGUUCUCCCGGGACAUUCGCUUUGCAAACCACGAGACGCUGCGGGUGAUGUACCCCUACACGCCUCAGAACGAGGAUGAGCUGGAGCUGGUUCCUGGAGAUUUUGUCUUCAUGUCUCCGGUGGAUCAGAGCAGUACCAGUGAGGGCUGGGUGUACGGGACCUCGCUGGGCUCAGGGCUGUCCGGCCUGCUGCCUGAGAACUACGUGAGCCUGGCCGAUGAGUCCGACACCUGGGUCUUCCACGGCUCCCAUUCGUUCUUCAGCUGUGGGCCGAGUGACAAAACCAGCAAAGACAGAGGGAUGUUUGAUGGGCUGCUGGACAGCCGACGCCCUGAUAACACCAGUCCUGGAGACACGCCCACCCUCAGUCUCAUUUGUCAUCCGAUGCAGCAGGUCCUGCGGAUUAGUGGCAGUCACUCCCGGCAGCCCAAGCGGACACUUUUUGUCUGCCGGCACGGUGAGAGGAUGGACGUGGUCUUUGGCAAACACUGGCUGUCACUCUGCUCCGACAGUAAAGGUAGAUAUGUACGCUCCAAUCUGAACAUGCCUCCUAGUUUGCCGCUGUGGGGAGGACAGAGAGACUAUGACAUGGACGCUCCCAUCACUGUGGUUGGAUCCACACAGGCUCGAAUAGUGGGUGAGGCCCUGUUAGAGAGCAACACAGUGAUAGACUUUGUUUACUGCUCUCCCUCUCUGCGAUGUGUUCAGACUGCACAGAACAUCCUGAAAGGGCUGCAGCAGGACGGUAAGCUGAAGGUGCGUGUGGAACCGGGGCUUUUUGAAUGGACCAAAUGGGUUUCUGGGAACUCGCUGCCUGCGUGGAUACCUCCCACUGACCUGGCUGCAGCCCACUUCAGUGUGGACACAACAUACAGACCUCUGAUCCCAGUCAGCAAGCUCACUGUGUCUGAACCCUAUGAGACCUACAUGAGCCGGAGCUACCAAGUUACCAAAGAUAUCCUGUCAGACUGCAAAAACACUGGAAACAACGUGCUGAUUGUAGCCCACGCUUCAUCCUUAGAGGCCUGCACACGCCAGCUGCAGGGCCGCGGCCCUCAGAGCGCCAAGGACUUCAUCCAAGUAGUCCGAAAGAUCCCGUACCUGGGCUUCUGCUCCUGUGAGGAGCAGGGAGACACGGGGGUGUGGCAGUUAGUGGACCCUCCCAUCCUCCCCCUCACACAUGGACCAAACCACUCCUUUGACUGGAGGGAGACACUUCUGCAAGAAUGACAUCUGAUCUGAACCCUGUCCAUCCUUACCAUACUGUGCUCCCUACCACUGACUGCAGUAACAGGUUUCAGACCAGUGACCCCCAAAAUACUGGAAUCUCUUUAAGCCUCUUUACACCUCUGGUGGCUUCGCAGUGACGGUCUGAAGAAGCUUCCUGCAUGUAGAUGAGGAGUCCUAGCCAGUGAGGACUGACUCUGGGUUGAACAAUGAUUAAGCAAAUGUCCACAUCCUUUUUUUUAUUGUUUUAUCAUUUGUUUGAAUGAGGGAGAUGUAAGUUUAGGCAGUAAGACAUGCCAGUCUCAGAAAAUAUUGUGAAAUAAGCACAUUUUAUAACAUACAACAGUAAGAAACAUGUCUUUCUAACAUGAAUGUAUUACAAGAUGUACACAGGACUAUAGUAGCAGUGUGACACUGAAGUAGUUAAUGCCAUUAAAAGGAAAAGCACAGAAGUUCAGCUGCCUGUAUUUUCAGCUAGGAUGACUCAGGUUUUAAUUUUAACUCUGUUUAAAUCUUUUUUUUUAAUGUCGGUAUUUCACUAGCCAAAACAGUUUUAGUUCCUUAUGUAAAAAUAAAUAACUACUUACUGCUAAUAGCUUUACUUGCCCAAACUUGGAAGUUUAAACUUGCCCUAACUCAGCAAGCUAACAUUAAACUUGACUAAUGUCAAACUUGCCCAAACAAAACUCUACUUAUCAUUAAACUUGCCUAAACAUAGCAACCUAACAUUAAACUUGGCCAAAUUUAACUAACUUAUGUUAAACUAACCAAAACUCAGAAUACAAAUAUAAUAAAUGUUAAAAUUACAUUUCAAAAAUUAGCAUUACGAGUAAACAAUGCUAGGUUUAGCAUAACAUGCUAUAGGGAUGUGCUCAUGUAAACAUGCUAAUGUUAACUAAUACUAAAAGUUUGCAUAAUUUGUGUCAGAGAUACCUGAUUUGUGUUUGUGCAUAGUUCACAAAAUUGAAUGAGACUGUUGAGAAACUUGUAAAGAGAAUGUUAUAUUAUAACUGCUUUCCUGUACAGAUCCCACCAUUCAGUAGCAGAGGGAAACAUAUCAGUGCUGGCUUCAAGUCUUCAUCAGGGACUUUCCUGAUCCUACACUGUGGCCCCACAUGUUGUCUCUACUGUGGGAGCACCUCCAGUACAGCAGUGUCUUCUACCAUUAAUGUAGUCUAUUAAAAACAACAACUAUAACAGCACAACCUGCACUAUUGACAAUCAUACAGUAGCUUCUUGAUUCUGCACAUUUUUAAUGUGCGUUUGUUAAAUGUUGUUCAAAGGGUUCAGAGUAGCUGUAUAUAGUCAUAUUUUGAAGGGAAAAAGUCUUCCAGUUGCAUUUUUAUUUAUUUAUAAACCUUCCUUUCAGAUGUUAACAAGCAAAAAUAUUAACAGCAUGCAAGAACUUCUGCUUGGUAUCUCAGGUGUUGACUGCAUUGAAGACAUACAGUACGUAUAUGUGCAGCUCUGAAAACUGUUCCAUUGACUGUGUUGUUGUGAGUGCCUGUUGGACUAAAGUGAUCCAGAUACAGAUGAUGACUGUCUACUCGUAGCUGCAGAAGCUGUAAGCCACAUCAGUUGUAAAUAGAACGUUUUCUCAGGCUCAUGUAGCUCAUUGAGAGGAAGACAAAUUGUCAAAUACAAGCUGAAUCCCAUUUUAUUGUCCACUAUUUUGGAACUCAACAAUGAAAGUUGAAAUACACUCACCAGUCACUUCAUUAGCUAGCAGGGUAACCUAAUAAAGUAGCCUGGCUGCUGCCCACUUCGAUGUGGACACAACAUACAGGUGAUACAAACAGGGCAAAACAUACUUUUUGCAAUGAAUUACAUUUAAUGUGAGUCAUUAGUCAUGUAAAUGUGUUUAUCAUCUGCAAAAUAUCUCAUAAUGAUGCUUUGAUUUUGAACAUGUCACGUUCAAAGUCACUUAAAUCACCUUUCUUCCUGAUUCUGAUGCUCACUUUGAACUUCAGCUUCAACUUAAUAUGUUUGGCUGAUUAUAUAUUUACAUUAACAAGCAGUUGAAAAGGUGUACAUGAUAAAGUGGCCGGUGAGAGUAAAGUUUCUAAUUUUUUGUCAAUGUUGCUGAUGUCUUGAGAGCUAACAAGUACAAUUUGCAUAAAAAUGUGAGUGACUGUGUUAACUGGUGACUUAAAGCUGAAUGCGGGUGUGGUUGGCAUGUAUUUUAAGUUGAUUAAAGUAAAAGUGAAUGCUUCUACAACUAUGAGCAACAAUGGCACAUCACCUGAAUCACCAGUUUACAUGGUCAUCAUUUAAACUGGAGGAAACUUUUGGAGGGUCAACACUAAAGUUGACAAUGCUCAUGUUCAUUAGUUGCAAAAUGAUGUGUUCAGUUCACCAAAAUUAUACUUUAGUGACUGCAUCACAACUUGAUUUGUUCCUGAUUGGAUGUCCUCACUGCAGCGUUAUUGAAAUCUGGCCAUUUUGGAAAUCUUCACUGGGAAACAGAACCCUCUUCUCAUCUCCAACUUCAAUCUGGAGUGAAUAUCAUCAAGUUAAAAAUCAAUUGGUCCAUCCUGUGAAAACUGGGAGCACAGAACAACCUUCCUGUUUCUUUGACUUUUAUCAGUAUCAUUGAAUCUAUUUAAAUCACUGCAUUUUUUCAAAUGCGUUGCUGACAAAUGGAAGCAACAAUGCAGGAAGAAGUGCACUGCUACUACAGAAAUGUGAAAGGUUUUCUCUUUUGAAUGAAACUUAAUUUUUGCCACGACAUAGUGGAGCAGCAUAUGUAGUAUGAAAGAGUUAGAGGCCAGAAGAGAAACGCAGAGGAAGAAGCCAUGUGGUUCCUGUAGUCUUUAUUUAUUGUCUGAACAUAUCACCAAACGUGUACAGUAAUUAACUUAAAGUUUCUUCUUUUGAAAUCUUAUUUUUGUUGAUUUGUAAUUUAAGAUGAAGUGUGUCUGUGGGCUUCAUGUACAUUUUAAUUUUAGCUCUGAAUGUUGUGUUUGUGAAGCGUUGAGUUAUCAAGAAAACAGUUGUCCUUUUUAAACAGCUCCAAUAUUUUCAUAUUUUGAAUACUCAAGAGGGAAAACAAGCAACAUGUCAUUCUAUGAUUUGUGGUUACAGUAUUCAUUUGAUUUUGUUCUGAUUGAAAAUGAAAUAAAAGCAUAAUUUUUUUCUCCAUAGCAAUAAUAUAAAACAACAGGUGCAAAGUUACUAUGUAUCCAUUUGGUUUGCACCUGUGCUGCAAAUAUUGUAAAGGAGUACAAAUCCAAUAAACUAUUGGAACUA